AUGGCCCUGCUUUCAACAGCCAAGGAGUACGUCAAGUCCGAACUCAAGAUCACUCCACAAGUGGAGCAAUAUCAGCACAAUCCAACUAGUAAGCGGCAACAUGUUGUACCGGAAAAUAGAGAUACCAGCAAUACCCCCACGAAGUGGCGACCGACGAAUUGUUUCUACUGUGACAAAUGCGGACACCAACCAAAAAAUUGUACUGAAGUACCGACAAUCGAGCAACGACGACACAUCAUGAAAACGAAGAAACUCUGUCACAAUUGUGGAGCCAACGACCACAUAGCCACGAAGUGUCCUAGAGGACCCUUCCGCGUUUGCGGAACAACCGGACAUCAUACGUCUAUCUGCAAAAAACUCUUCGACUCAUACUCACCACCACGUUUACCUCCACCAGUAAAACUGCCUAAGAAACAAUCACAGCCAACGAAACCGACGACACGAGCAUCGGCGACGCGUGCGAAGGUGAAUUCAGUCAAUUUCGAGUCUACACUCGAUGUGAAGCCGCAACCGAAUACAGUUCUGCACGUCAACGACAAUGCAGAAGUCAUGAUACUCGCAGGGCAAGCACAGGUGCUUAAUCCAGAAUCGGCAAUGCUGGAGCCCACAUACGUGAUGCUCGACACAGGAGCCGACAGAUCGUUCAUCAGCAACGAGUUGGCCAAACGACUGAAAGACGUGGAUUCCAAGCGGCUUACCAUCAGCACCUUUGGAUCGGACGCAUCACUGGUGAAGACGUGUGGAAUCACGGUACUGCAAAUGUGGGAUGUCAACGGAGCUCUGCACACUUUUACGGUAACCAGAAUCGAUAAAGUCACCGAGUCACUACAGCGCAACUGCCUCUGCAUCGAGGACAAGCGCUUCCUCUGCGACAACGACCUACAGCUCUCAAUCAAUCCACUUGCUCGAGACAUUCACCCUCAUGUUCUCCUCGGAUGUGCUGAUCUCUUUUCGCUACUAUGCAAAGGAUUAGCACCGCAACAUGUUUUACCUUCGGGACUGCGACUCAUCCCGUCCAAGCUCGGCUACCUAGUGGCAGGAAAAUCUAAAAAAAACCCGAACGCUAGUACCGACAUCACGGAAGCGACGGUUUGCACAUUCAAUGCCUCUCCGCAUGACGAACCUCUACAAUCUUGGGAGGACUUUUGCACAUUUGAAUCAUCCGGAGUAGAAGAGUUGGACCACAAUCAAAGGAAAAACAACUGA